AUUAAUAAUAAUUUAACACAAAAUGGUGCUAAUGAAACAUUAAUUAAUUCAUAUAUAUUACCAUGGUGGCGUCAAGUUAUCUGGAGUAUAUUAUAUUCUGUAAUGGUUAUCGUUGCAACCGGUGGUAAUUUAAUUGUGAUAUGGAUUGUAUUAGCACAUAAACGUAUGCGUACAGUUACAAAUUAUUUUAUUGUAAAUUUAUCGAUUGCUGAUACAAUGGUGUCAACAUUAAAUGUGACAUUUAAUUAUACAUACAUGUUAAAUUCACAUUGGCCAUUUGGACGUUUAUAUUGUAAAAUUGCACAAUUUGUUGCGAUCUUAUCAAUAUCAGCAUCAGUGUUUACAUUAAUGGCAAUAUCAAUUGAUCGAUAUAUGGCCAUAAUGAAACCAUUAAAGCCACGGAUGGGUCGUCGUACAACAUUAUGUAUUGCCGUUGCAAUAUGGAUUGGUAGUAUAGCAUUGUCCUGUCCGAAUCUGUUAUAUUUUACAACAUUUGAAUUUAAAUUAGAUGAGCAUAGCUCACGUAUUAUCUGCUAUUCAGAAUGGCCAGACGGGCCUACGAAUUUAUCAUAUAUGGAAUAUGUAUACAAUGUAGCGUUUAUGAUUCUCACAUACUUCCUACCAAUUGGUUCCAUGUCAUAUACGUACGCGCGUGUUGGAUUGGAAUUAUGGGGAUCACAGAGUAUUGGUGAAUGUACUCAACGCCAAUUGGAGAAUAUCAAAAGUAAACGAAGGGUUGUUAAAAUGAUGAUAGUGGUUGUAUUAAUAUUUGCAGUAUGCUGGCUACCAUUUCAUUUAUAUUUCAUUAUCAUCUCAUAUUAUCCAGAUAUAACAACAUCACAAUAUGUCCAAGAAAUCUAUUUAGCGAUUUAUUGGUUAGCAAUGUCGAAUUCAAUGUACAAUCCAAUUAUUUAUUGUUGGAUGAAUUCAAGAUUUCGGCGUGGAUUUAAACAAUUCUUCGCAUGGUGUCCAUAUGUGCAUAUCAGUCCAGAAGCAUUAACACGUCGUGAAGUCGUCACUUCGAGAUAUUCCAGUUCUGGAUCGCCAAAUCAUCAUCGAAUGAUCAGAAAUGAUACCGCCAUUAUGGAUUAUAAUAAAUCAAUUCGUAGUAGACUUCCAGUAUCAAUACAAAAUGAUCAAAUGAAUCGUACAUACGUCACAGAUGAUCCAUGUAUAGUGGCCAUUUCACCAGCAUCUACGUCUUCGACAUCUACAAAUAUGUCGACGGAGGAAAUAGAUUUACCAUCACUGGAUCAGUCCGAUUACCAAUGCACCUCUCAACAACUUGUACGCCCCAAUCAACCGGAACACUAAGUCAACACAAUGCAUUAUCAUUUCAUCAUCAGCAACAGCAUCAUCAUCAUUAUCGUGGCGG